GGAGGCGGAAGUGACGCUGCCGUUGCCGCGGCGAUCGCGCGCCCGGUGCUUGGGUGGGUGCCGGCGGCAUGGCGAUGCUUGCAGGCCGGGCCCCGCCGGGCAUUGCGGGCUGCCGCCGCCUCCUUGAGGCAGCUCUAGCGGCGGGGCUGCGGCCGCUGCUGUGCGGGCUGUCGCCGUGCUGGUGGGUGACGGCGAGGCGAGCGGCGGGGCAGUGGCCCAGCCCGGGCCUGCGGGUGCCGGAGGCGGCGGAGACGGAGCGGCUGGUGCAGGAGCUGCACCGGCCCGGUGCGUCGCUGCGCCGCUUCAUCGCCUGCCCGCAGCUGGCGCGCACGGUGCAGCGCUGCCUGCGGAGCGGAGCCGGGCCUGGCGCUCAGUGCGUCGUGCUGGAGUGCGCGCCCGGUAAGCGGCCCCGAAGCUGCCUUCCACCCGCCCUCCCGCUGCCCUCCGGCGGCUGGCUCCGCCGUCCCCUGGGACGUGGCACCGCUCGGCCUGCCCCAGUGACCUUGCAGGGUCCUGGAAUCUUGACCCGAACUCUGCUCAAUGCAGGUGUUAGAGUGGUCGCUCUGGAGAGUAACUCAGCUUUUCUUCCAAACUUACAGUCUCUAGAGAAUAGCCUGGAUGGACAAUUAAAGGUAAUUUAUGGUGACUUCUUCAGACUGGAUCCUUUGGUGACUGGGACGGUGAAACCACCUGCUGUGUGUUCUGACAAACUUUUUGAAGCCAUGGGCGUAGCAGCAGUUCCUUGGAGGGCAGAUUUACCUGUGAAAGUUUUUGGAAUUUUACCGCAAAAAAAGGAGAGGAAUGUACUUUGGAGACUUCUUUUUGCCCUGUAUGAAUGCAACUCGAUAUACAGAUAUGGAAGAGUAGAACUCAACGUCUUUGUAAGUGAAAAAGAGUACAAGGUAUUAACGGCAAAGCCUGGGGAUGUGAGGGCUUACCAAGCACUUACUGUACUUUGGCAAGUAGGAUGUGAAAUUGAGCUGCUGCAUAGCGAACCUUGGUCAUCAUUUAUAACUAAUUUGAAAAAUGGGGCACUGGCGGUACCGAAAACCAUGUGGCUGCCAAAUGACCAUUUAUGCUUGAUACGACUGACUCCUCAGCAAAACCUAUUUACAGGAAGCUUGAAGCCCACAAAUUCAUCAAAUUUUAUUUUCAUGGUGAAACAGUGUUUUGCUAAACCUAGGUCUAGAGUUAUGGAUAAAUUUAAUUCAUGGAGCUUGGACAAUGCUGGCAAAUUACUGAGAGAGCUAGAAAUUCCAGAAAAUGCUGAAUCGCGUAGCUUAUACCCAGAAGACUAUAAGCGUCUUUUUGAGGCUUUGCAAAACUCUAGUAUGUUUACUGAAACCUGGUUCCAUGAUGAAGCCUUUGAAAGUAUAAGGAACAUAAAUUUAUAAAUCUAAAGCUGCUGUCUUUUGGAAGAUCACCUUUGCUUCUGGAAGAUUACUUCGAGAAAUGAUUUAAAUGAAAUCGGAGAUACUGUCAGCUAGAUGAUUUCCUGUCCAAACAGGAAAAUAAAUUUAGCAGUUAACAAGAGACCUUCUACGCAGGAUGAAAGUAACGAUUCACAGUUAUUUGCUCACAAUCCUAUCUAGAAUGGACACACUUUUACAUUUUUUUCCAGGAGCCAUGUUAGUGACCUGCUGCUGUGUUGGAUGUACCACUUAAAAGGAACUUUUUGUUACGCUGCUGUGUAUUUACAGUAUUUACAAAAAAUAAGAGACCAAAUAUUAUGAUUUCUGUGGUCAGUGGUUUGAAUAUCCUUUCACAGGUUCCCAGAUUAUGUAGGUCUUUACAACCACUGAAUAUGUUGUAUUAUCUCCUGAUCGAAAAGCCUUGCAGUCUAAAGUCAAUAUAAUUUAAUUAAUGAAUAGUGGUGGGUUAAUAGAAGACAAGGUAAUGACAUCAUGAUAAAACAUCAACUGCAAGUUGGUAUUGAGGUUUUUUCUUAAACUAAAGAUUGUUAUAUCUCUGGGGAAAAAGUCAUAACAAUUCUUAAUUUCGAAAAUUUGAAAAGAACACUGGGCAGCCCAUUCUAGUUUACAAUACAUGAACACCUAUAUGCAUAUAGGCUUUACCUUAUUUCAGGUCUAAAAACAAAGUCACCAGAACAUUCAGUGCUGUAUAAACAGUUUGGAAAAAAAAAAUAAAGUCAUCUUGCCAGUAA